CUGGGAUCACGACCUGAGCUGAAGGCAGAUACUUAAUGACUGAGCCACCCAGGCGCCCCUACAUGACAAUAAUUUCAUGCAGAACAGAGUAUGUAGCCGGAGACAGGAGACAUUUGAGAGAAAUCAACAUUUGGGGCCCGUAUGCCUGCCACCCUCCUGGUUUAAUCUAUCCUUCCCAGUACCUGGAACACUGCCAGCCUCAUGGUUAGCUAUUCAGUAAGUAUUUAGUGAGGAAAUGGUGAAAAGAGGUGACAUAAUACUGGGAACUGCAAGUAGUGUGGAUACUCCUUAUAGGUAGGUGUGAGGAAACAAGAUCCGUUCACUCUGGGGGUGACAGAGAAUCUCUAAUGUGUGUGUGUUCACGGCUGCGUGUGUUCACACUGUGAUAAAUGGCUUCAUAUGUGUGGAUGCUAAGGAAAGCUUGAGAAUUUCCCUUAAUAAGAAGAAUCUUUACAAACAGUCCAAAGGUAGUAUCAUUUCCGAAAGCCAAGCGCUCCCACGCGUGCCCUGAAAUCCCCGCUCCCUUUAUGCUGUAAGUGGCUUGGCCCUAGGGCUCAUCUCAGAGUAACCAGCCGGUGGAGGUUACUGUAACCAGGGCUUUCUGGAAGGGAGUGGCAGGAGCAUCUCAAAGAGGUCCCUCCAGUACCCAAAGUGUGCCCCGGCUGAGCCUAAUGGCCCGACUUGUUCUAGGGCUGAGCAGUCAGUAUAAUGAAAGACACUAAGGUCCUACCCACCUUUUCCGACCCACCGCUGGGAGGUUUGCUUAGCUUAUCCCAACUCUGCCAUCCAAGAGACUCCCAGUGCCGGACGCUUGGCUGCCUCCAGACCAGCGGAGGGAGCCAGUCGCAGCGCGGCGCGGAGAGCGCGUUCCAGGGCGCCGGCAGCACUGCGCAGACGCGGGCCGCGCUGUCGUCCAGCCCCGGCGCCAGCCGAGUGCGGGGGCUCGGCGAUGAGCGCGGCGGGAGCCGGCGAGGGCUGUCGCCGCCGGGCGCGGGUGUCCCGCCUCGUCUCCUUCAGCGCGACCCACAGACUCCACAGCAAAUCUCUGAGUAAUGAAGAAAACUUGAAACUGUUUGGGAAAUGCAACAAUCUAAAUGGCCAUGGGCACAAUUAUAAAGUUGUGGUGACGGUGCAUGGAGAGAUUGAUCCUGUUACAGGAAUGGUUAUGAAUUUGACUGACCUCAAAGAGUAUAUGGAGGAGGCAAUUAUGAAGCCCCUUGAUCAUAAGAAUUUGGAUCUGGAUGUGCCAUACUUUGCAGAUGUUGUAAGCACGACGGAAAAUGUAGCUGUAUAUAUCUGGGAAAACCUCCAGAAAUUUCUUCCUCUGGGAGUUCUUUAUAAAGUAAAAGUGUAUGAAACUGACAAUAAUAUAGUCGUCUAUAAAGGCGAAUAGCUUUUAGGGGUUAAUACUGUAGAAAGACUAAUUUCUUUCCAUAUUUGAAAAAGGUCUUUAUCCCCUGGGACUGUUAAGAAGUCGUCACACACUUGUUAUGCCUCUACACUGUGUUCCGGAGUGCCCAAUUGAUUGAAAUCGUUGUGUGUAAGACCUGUUGUGAAUUCAAAUCUAUCUUAAAACCAAACUUGUAAAACAUCCUGAGUAUCAUUUAGAGAGUCUUUUAUUUAUAGAUUAAAAAUCACUUCAUUUUCAGUAAAAUGUGUGGAAUUUAAAAGUAAAAUAAAUCAAUUUUUGUUUUUCCGUUAUCUCAUUUUUAGUAUUCAUUUUUCUCUUGGUAUAAUAUGAAUGGCGAAAGUGUUUAUAAGACAUCGUAGGUGAAACUUAAAAAAACAAAAAUACAGGUGACCACAAAACAUGUACUUCUUCCUUGAUUACUUUUCAGGUAUGUAGGGACACAAGUUUAUUCAGUGAAAAUGAGACACACAAAUCACGUUGGUGAUGCAUUGUAGGUGGAUGUACAAGGAUUGAUGAAAAUACCGCUUCAGCGCAUGUUGUUCAGUGCAGUUUUGCACAUCUUAUUGAACUAUGAGUUGCUAGCGAGGAUCAGCACGUUCAUUGAACAUUUGUUGGAGUAUCAUUAAACUAUUUAUUAUGUAUAUUUGUCCAUGUUUCCAGACCACCUGAACAGUUUUAAUUCAGAAAACUGAAGAAUAAUCACAUAUAUCAAAUCCUAUUAAAUUAACAUGAAAAAGGGUAUAUUAUACUGUAAUGUGUCUCUUACAUACAGUUUUUCCUAAUCAGUCCCAUUUUGUUCUGAUCAUUAAACUUACACCUGCUUAAGUUGAA